AUGGACAGCGACACAAUAAGUCAAUUAAAUUUGUUAUUACAAUUAAUUAAAAAUAUCAGGGAUUUUGAUGGUACUGAACCAGCUCAAUUACCUGAUUUUAUUCAACAGAUAGACAAUUUAACACCCCUAGUAAAUAGCCUAGAGACUUCCGCUAAACUGAUCAUUGUUUCAUAUAUAAAAAAUAAAUGCGUAGGAGAAACUAGAGAAAUUGUUCAUAGGGAACGAUCUGAAAAUUGGGAGGAAUUAAAAAACACAUUGAAAAAACAUUAUGGGGAAAAGUCAACUUGUAUUGAAUUGAUGGACGAAUUAAAAACAUUGAGCUUAAUUUUGACGCACAAUGAAGAACAAUAUACAAGAGAAGAAGUAAACAGAAUAGGUUUAAUUACAUUUAGAGAUCACUUGCCAGAACCUACAAAAACCUUGAUAUUUUCGCGAAAUCCAAACGAUCUUGAAGAAGCGUUCAAACUGAUAACUGAAGCAAGACACCAUAAUUAUACAAAAUAUGGACCUGUAAACAGGAGAUACUCAGACAAUAGAGCUCAACCUAGAUUUAGCAAUAGUUUUAGUAACCAGAAUACAACCCAACAAUAUGAUAAUAAUCGAAAUAAUCGAAGUAAUAAUUACCACAAUCCAGGAUACAAUAGAAAUAAUAUGAACAACUAUACUGACAACCACAAUUACAAUAAUAGUGAUAGAUUUUACAACCAAAGACAUAAUAAUAAUAACAAUAGACAGGUUAUGAACGACAAUAAUACUGCUAGAAUCCGUGUAACGAACAAUAAUAAUAGAAAUGGAAAUUAUCAAAGAUCUCAAACUCAUAAUCGUACCUCAACUCAUCAAACAAGACAUUCUCGGGAUACCCAAAGUUAUCCUCAACCUAUGGACAUAGGAAAUGUUGCAGAACAAAUUGUGAAUAUUGGAAAUGCAGACGCAAAUUUUCAAACACAAGCUUCAAACUUUUACCCUAUAUAA